ACGUGCCAUAUUGACUGGUACUGAAUAAUACAGGUGGAGGGGAUUUACGGUAUCAUUGCUGAGCUGACGACGGUGCAUCAAAACAUAACCUGAAAGAUAAAAAUCGCGUUUGUAGUUUGAGUGUAAUUUGUGUCCUAAAAUGUCGUUAAAAAGAAAAUUAACGCAAGAUGAUUUGCGUAAAGCUAUGAGUGAACACAAGAAGAAACUGGGCGUUGUCAAGAAAAUUGAAUCACCGUUAGCAAGGUAUACAGAUGUAGGGCAGCUUAUGUGUGUUCUGUGUAAAAUUACUGUACGCAAUGAGGUAGUUUGGCCAGUUCAUUUGAAUUCAAAGACUCACAAAGAAAAUAUUGCAUUGGCAAAAAAGACAAAACUAGAAACAGAUAUUCCAAAGAUUGCUACUCACACAUUUAAAAGGCCUACAUCUCCAUCUCAAGAAUCCUCGUCAAAUAAGAAAAUAAAGGGUAUAUUAAAAACUUCUUCAUCACAAGCAGCAUCAAACUUACCAUCAGAUUUCUUUGAUAAUAAUAUUAAGAAGUCUAAUGGUACUGUGCCAUCCAACACUUCUGUGAUAAUGCAAAAGUCAGAGAAUGGCAAUGAACUUGCAAAUGAUAAAGAACUGAAAAAUGUAGAAAUUGAAGAAGAAAGAGAAAAAGAUAGAAACAAAGAUACAAGUCAAACGACUCUUCCAGAAGGCUUUUUUGAUGAUCCAGUUCUGGAUGCUAAAGUUCGUAAUGUCGAGUAUAAGAAUCCCAUAGAAGAAGAAUGGGAAAAAUUUCAAAAAGAAAUUAAAGAGGAGACAGCGCAAUCUGCCCAAAUAAUUGCAGAUGAUCAAGAAGAAGCAACAACAGAAAGACAAUUAGGCGAGAUAGAGGAACAAUUACGACAUUGGUCUAGAGUAAUGGAUCUUGUCAAACGUAAAGAACAAGUUCAAGCUACCGAUAGGAAGCAGAAAAAUACCGAUGAAGAUGUCUCCAGCGGAGACGAAGCCGAGUUUGACGAAUUUCUCGAUUGGAGAGCGAAAAAUUCUUACAAAUGAAGUUAUAUCUAAUCAUGUACAGUAUGUACCGACUUGUAAAUAUUUAAAAAACUGCUAUCUUUAAGAGUAUUCUACAUUUAGAGUGUUGUUUAUAUCUAUUCAUCCUUCGUACAAAAUUCUGAAUAUUGUUUGUAUAAAAAGAAAAAAGAAAAAAAAAAGAAGAAGAGAGAAACUAACGAUUACGCGAC